CGCGCGCGGUCGUGCGCUUCUGUCGGUUCUCACCUCUGCGGUAAUCUAAUUAAGUGCUCCGUAAACUAUAUCGUGAGUUAAUGUACUGUUGUUUACAAGGAAUGCCCCACUGAUAGCGGAAUUUGAGCGUGCAUCACUUCAUGUGCUGAGAAGAUGGUAUAAGUAUGCGGAAGAUGGAGCGGUCGGGUCGGCGGGUGAAGGCGGGGUCGCUGAGCGGGUUGUCGGGCGGGCUGCCCGUCGGCGCGGCCGUGCGGCGGCAGCGCUCGCUGGAGUGGGGCGGCGACCGGUACAGCAGCAGCGACGACGACAAGCCGCCGCAGAUCGCCGACCGCGUCUUCGCCUCGCUGCUGGCGCACGCGACACAGCAGUUCGAUAACGAACAACGUCGCAUUUACGGGUCGGAGAACGGUGAGGCUCCGCGCUUCAUCGGCAGCCCGCAGCGCCAGGCGUCGCCCUUCCCGCACGAGAGCACCAACAGGCGUUUGUAUCGGAGAAACAGGAAUUCUAAAGGGGAGGACAAUAUAUUUAGCGGUGAACCAGGUGGGACUCUGCGCCGGAAUAGACGGGCUGAGGAUUUCGCUCACGACUCUACCGAGCGGAGUGCUCGGAUUGUUUUGAACGGUCCAUCUAGCGGUGGUCAGAGUGAGCGUGAAUGCGAGUCGCCCCCUGAACCGGCGCCCCCCGAAGUUCCGCCCCGCGGUCCCUCGCUCCACGUGACCCUGCGCCACCGCCCCGCGCCGGAUCAGGCUGCAGACGCCGACCGCCUCUUCCUGUCUGAAGAGUUCGCACUUUCUGAGGGCGGCCAUGCUGGUGGCACCUAUCCGGCGCGGUCUCCCAUUUCCACCUCCACUACGGGACACUCCAGCUCCAGUCAUCACAGGAUGGGCGGGACGGGGAUGCCGAGCGACAUGGGCCGGGGCACGAUGGGCGGUCAUUGCCAACUUGCCAACCAGCCGCUGGUGAUGCCGGUGUUCCCCCUGCGAGCCAGCCAGCCGAGCCCGGUGCCGGUGUACUCGCCCUCGCGGUUCCACAUAGACAAGCGAUGCCAGCAUCGGUGCACGUGGAAAUGUCUCGCCAUAGCCAUGAUAUGCCUGUGCGUCAUCCUAGCGGCCAUGCUCGCCUACUUUAUAGCAUUAUCGUCAAUUAAAAGUAAUAUAGACAAUUCGAAUUGUAUACUGGUACAAGAUGUCAAAGCAGUAACACAUGCACAUGGUAUGAAAGAUUCGCUAUCAACCUCAUCACCAUCCGAUGAAUCGAUAUCAACAUCAUCGCUGGGUUGGUCAACUACGGCCGAGGCUUCUUUAGAAUCCGCAAUAAUACCGCAACAAGCACAACAGGCUGCCCCGCCGCCGUGGUCACCGGCUCUGGAACUGAGAGAGUUUAACGAGUUACACAGCGCAACUAUACCUGCCUAUCAAUUUUGGAGUUCCGAAUUUCGGAAUAAACAGCCUGCAUUUGUCAGCCUCAACUUUACAGUGCCGUGGGGUGCCAACUUUGCUGUUUACGGACGGCGAAACGUUGCACCCAGCGUAACUCAGUACGAUUUUGUAGAAUUCAUUCGGGGCGGUAGAGUUGAUCAUCGAUUGAGGCGAAGACGAAGAAGCUUUUCCGACGUUCCUGAUGAUCCAUACGAUAACUGGAACGCAUUUUUGGGCACCAUUAGUCCAUACCAAAGAUGGAACCAUACGAUUAGUAAACGAUCGACUGAUAUGAGAGUGAACGUCAGCAUUUUACAAUAUUUAGACACAGGAAGAUGGUUCAUCUCUGUUUAUAACGACGAACUUCAAUCACACAACGUAGAAAUGAUUGUAUCUGAAGCUGAAGGUGUAACAAACUCUUGCCCUGACGAUUGCUCUGGCCACGGCUCAUGCUACCUCGGAAAAUGUGAUUGUGUGGAUGGAUUUGAAGGACACGAUUGUUCUAAAAGUGUUUGUCCUGUACUUUGUUCGGGUCAUGGCGUUUAUGCAGGUGGAAUUUGUCAUUGUUCCGAGGGUUGGAAAGGUGCUGAAUGUGAUGUUCCAGCGCAUGAUUGUGAGCCAGCUGAUUGUUCUGGACGUGGACAGUGCGUAGCUGGACAAUGCAAUUGUAAGGCUGGUUGGAAGGGACCAAAAUGUGACGAAGAGGAUUGUUUGGAUCCUACGUGCGGUGGUCACGGCUCUUGCGUCCGUGGGCGCUGCGUGUGCCGCGCCGGAUGGCGAGGAUCGGCUUGCAAUGAACGCGACGCCCGCGUACAACGCUGCCUGCCUGCUUGUUCUCAACGUGGUGUUUAUGACUUGGAUGCCGGAAGAUGUGUUUGCGAUCCACUCUAUACAGGAGACGACUGUUCACAAGUUGUUUGUUCGUUGGAUUGCGGACCGCAUGGAGUAUGCGCAGAAGGUGUAUGCCGUUGUGACGAUGGCUGGACUGGAGCAUUGUGUGAUCAACGCCCAUGCGACGUUCGAUGCCAAGAUCAUGGUCAAUGUAAAAAUGGCACUUGUGUUUGUACCCAAGGAUGGAAUGGAAAGCACUGUACUUUGCCCGGUUGCCCCAACGGUUGCUCACGCCAUGGUCAGUGUCAUCUUGAAGAUGGUGUCUACCGUUGUUCCUGCUCCGAAGGCUGGGCCGGAACCGAUUGCUCCAUCGCACUCGAACUCUCCUGUAACGAUAAUGAGGAUAACGACGAAGAUGGCAUGACCGAUUGCCAUGACUCGGAGUGCUGCAGUCGCCCGGAGUGCACGGAGCACAUUAUGUGCUUAGCCUCAAAUGACCCCGUGGAAGUUCUUCUCCGUAAGCAACCACCAUCCGUCACUGCAUCGUUUUACCAACGAGUAAAAUUCCUCAUCGAAGAAAACUCUGUACAGAGUUACGCUCACAUGGACGAAUAUUCUGAGAGCGAGUUCUGGAAUUCCUUUACACCAUGCCGAGUGUCGGUGAUGCGGGGCCAGGUAGUCUCCCCCCAGGGUCUGGGGAUCAUCGGCAUCAGAGUCUCCGUGGACCGGGAGGCGAGAUUCGGCUUCACUCUUACCAGAGCUGGAGGAUGGUUCGACGUGUUGGUGAACGGCGGUGGAGCCGUGACGCUGCAGUUCCAGAGAUCGCCAUUCAAGCCCCUGAGGAAAACUGUAUUCGUGCCGUGGAACCAGAUAGUGGUACUGCCUCCGGUGCAGAUGGAGUUGAGCGACGACAGCGUUAAGGUGCCCACACCGAGGGCUCCGCCGCGUCUUGACUGGUCUCCGAUGCCUCAGUGGUGGGAGGCGGGUGCACCGCCCUGUGCCACUCACGACCACGAGCGUCUCAGGCCAGAAGUUGUUGCCAUGCCAGUGCUGGCAGCCCCAGCUGCUUCUACCGCUGCCACAACUACUGUUGUUUAUCCAGAGGCGCAGAUCGUGAGCGAAUCAUUCGGCAUACCUGGCUCAUUAGUGAAGCUCACUUAUCGAUCAUCGCAAGCCGCUGGGUACCUAUCGUGUGUGCACAUCCAACUGACGCGGCGCGUCGUUCCCGCGUCUCUAGCGCGAGUCCAUGUGCGUGUGGAGAUCGAGGGCUCGCUGUACACGCACACAUACGAGGCUGACCCAGACUUGACCCAUGUGUUCGCGUGGAACAAGAGGAAUGUUUAUAAGCAGAAGGUUUACGGGCAAGCUCAGGCCAAAGUCUCAAUAGGUUACGAAUACUCCUCGUGUACUUCUAUUGUAUGGGAGACACAAACAGCUACGCUAGCCGGCUUCGAUGUUGACAUUUCGGACAUUGGAGGUUGGGGACUUGAUAUCCAUCAUCAUUACAAUUUCCAUGAAGGAAUAUUACAAAAAGGAGACGGAGCUCUACUUCAUCUGAAGCAAUAUCCUAGGACUGUGCAGGUGGUUAUGGGAACUGGGCUUCAAAGAUCUUUGAAUUGUCCUGAUCACUGCAAUGGCAAGGCAGCAGAUUCACGCCUCUUGACUCCAACCGCGUUAACGUCUGGUCCAGAUGGUUCACUUUACGUCGGUGAUUUCAACCUUGUCCGGCGUAUAACGCCCGAAGGCGUGGUAACAACAGUGUUGCAACUAGAGACAACGCAAGUCGCAUAUCAAUAUUACAUGUGCAUAUCACCGGCAGACGGCUUUCUUUACAUAUCUGAUUCUGAGAGGCACCAGGUCAGGAGAGUUCUCUUGUUGGAAAAAGUUCGCGAUCCUUCCUCAAAUUCAGAAGCCGUUGUGGGUAAUGGAGACCGAUGUGUUCCUGGCGAUGAUUCUAACUGUGGUGACGAAGGACCAGCUAUAAAGGCGAAGUUAGCUCAUCCUAAAGGACUUGCGAUUGCCGCUGACAGAACUAUGUAUAUUGCGGAUGGAACUAACAUACGGGCGGUUGACCCGAGUGGCAUAAUCCACACACUAGUUGGACAUCAUGGUCAUCAUAAUCAUUGGUCGCCUGUGCCCUGUCGAGGAGCUAUACCACCGUAUGAAGCUCAACUGCAAUGGCCCACAGGAGUCGCGCUGUCUCCGCUAGAUGGAUCCCUGUACUUUAUCGACGACAGAAUCAUUUUAAAACUAACAGUCGACAUGAAAAUCAAAGUUAUUGCCGGCCAACCUUCUCACUGUCGUAUCGGUAGCGACGGUAAACCUAUUGCUAAAACAACAAAUAAAACGUCUACCGAUUUCCGCGAAGAUUCCAGCCUGGGUACCAUAUUGGCCAUCGCCUUUGCUCCUAGCGGUAUGCUGUACGUUGCCGAAUCUGAUUCUAAGAAAACAAACACUAUUAAGACAAUCGAUCCAUCGGGCAAAAUUAUGCACUUUGCUGGAAAACUACAAGAAAAUCUUAAGGAACUCAGUUGCGAAUGUAACUCAUCCGUCGCAGCAACUGUCAUCCCAACAAAUUCACGCGAUGAGGGGGCUGGAUGUCCGUGCCGUCUUAGCAUUGUAGCUGGCGAUGAACCACCUACAAGCACGGAGACACUUCUGUCAUCUAACGCUAAAUUCCAAACGAUAUCAGCACUAGCAGUAACGCCUGAUGGCGUUUUAAAUGUUGUAGAUCAAGGUUCCUUGCAUAUUUUGGCGUUGAAACAUUAUUUACCUACCCACGACGAAAAUGGAGAAUUCAGGAUACCUUACCCGCCAACGUCAGAAGUUUAUGUAUUCAAUCGAUACGGACAACACAUAACAACAAAAGACUUGACUUCAGGAAAAACGAGAUACUCAUUCUUGUAUUCUAAAAAUACGAGCUUUGGAAAAUUGUCAACAGUGACAGAUGCAUCAGGGAAUAAAAUACAACUUCUAAGAGACUACAGCAACAUCGUUAGUUCUAUUGAAAAUACACAAGAUCAUAAAUUAGAACUGAAAAUAUCAGGCAUUGGAUAUCUGACAAAGAUAACUGAAAAGGGUUCUUCUGAGAUCGAGUUAGAUUACGAUGCUAAUACCGGCUUGCUUAAUAGCCGUUCAGGGGCUGGGGAUACGGUUAUUUAUAACUACGAUGAACUCGGAAGAGUAACGAAAAUAAUUAUGCCCUCUGGAGAACAAGUGCACAUUACUUCUGGAUUAGCUAAAAAUUAUGGGCUUGCGGUCACCGUAUCAAAUCCAACCAGCAGUAUACCUGUGGGAGUAGCUAAGAAAUGUGAAUAUGUAUUACAUGGUCAAUCGUUUAAACAAAUAACGGUUAACAAUGGAAAACAAGUGACGGAGGGACGCAUAUUCUCAAAUAAUACUCUGAUAUUGGACACUCCAUGGUCGGGCAAAUUCGAAAGCAUCGCUGCUGCCAAGCACCCAUUGCUUGAAGCGGCGUUACCAAUCGAGGCUGAAAUGCUUCAUAUGUGGUCGCAUCAGACUACAACAUUUGGAGACGAUUUAGUGAAUAAAAUGUAUUCCUUAUAUACCUUAGUUGGUGAUGUAAGAAAUCCGCAACAGACUUUAAACAGAGAGAUAUGGGUCAACGAUUCACGAGUACUGAUCAUAGAGUUUGACCAGUUUAAAAGUAAAGAGACAUUCUUUAAUGCCGAUAGAAGUCCUCUGUUUACUAUUGCUUACGACGCAGCCGGUCUGCCUUUGUCAUUUACACCUCACGGAGCCGGUGUUCCUCUUAACAUUACAUACGACAGAUUUUAUAGAAUUAACGGAUGGAAGUGGGGUAAUAGUGAAGAAAUAUAUAGCUAUGAUCCGCAUGGAAUGUUAUCUGAAAUCUCUAGUCCACAAGAUGGAACCAAAUUCAUUUAUUACAAUGAGGGUAAUCUAGUAUCUAAAAUUACUCUAGCUAGUCAGAGACACUUUAAAUACACGUACGAUAGCGACGGCGGAUUGACGAACGUUAUAUUGCCUUCUGGAACGAAUCACUCAUUCAGCGUACAACCUUCAAUAGGAUUUUUACGAGUAACAUAUUCCCCGCCAGGUUCAUCAAAGAAAUAUUUGCAACAUUAUUCACACACGGGAGAACUACUUCAAACAGUAUUUCCAGGUGACGGAGCGAGGGUAAUUUACCGAUAUUUCACAACUAAUAAAGUGUCAGAAGUGGUUCACGGAGAUGGGCAAACACAAAUACAUUAUUCAGAAAGUAGCGGCCUGCCCUCGGAAAUAUUGCACGUCGAUCGUGAUGUAGAUUACCGCUGGGAAUCCAGCUACUCAGGUGGUUUACUUAUGGAGGAAAGGAUAGACUACGGUGCUAAAACGGGGCUCAGCAAUGCCAAAAUAAUUUACGAAUACGAUAACAACUAUAGAACUGUUUCUGUUCAAGGACGCAUAGGGGGCCAAACAUUAAUUCCGCACCAUAUUGUUUAUAAUAGCAAUACCGGAGCUCCCGAAACUCUUGGACAGUUCACUGUAUCGAAGCAAAGAUGGAAUGAAACAUCAGUGUAUGAUGGAAUUGCGAUGUUCUCGCGAACUAUGAACGAACAAUUCUUAGAAAAAGAAAUUUCUGUUAACAUUCAUAGAAUGGAAGUAUUUAGAAUGGAAUUUACUUAUGAUAUUCAUGGCAGAAUUUCUCAAACGCGAACGCAUACAAGAAAUGUCGGUGUAAACACUUACACAAAUCUUAAAAAUUACACUUGGGAUUGCGAUGGUCAACUCACUGGACUAGAAGCUCAAGAGCCAUGGGGCUUCAGAUACGACGACAACGGCAAUAUGCUGUCUUUGACCUAUCGUGGAAAUACAAUUCCCAUGGAAUAUAAUGACAUGGACCGAAUAAUAAAGUUUGGAGAAGGACAAUAUCGUUAUGAUAGUAGAGGUCUCGUAUCCCAAAACGCUCGAGAGGAACGAUUCCAGUACAAUUCGAAGGGGUUACUAAUAAGAGCUUCUAAACGGGGAAGAUUUGAUGUUCGUUAUUACUACGAUCAUCUGGAUAGACUUUCAACGAGAAAAGACAAUUUCGGAAAUGUAACACAAUUCUUCUACACGAACAAGGAUCGACCUCAUGAAGUCAGUCAUAUUUAUUCCCCGAGAGAAAACAGAUUUAUGACAUUAGUUUAUGACGACAGAGGUCAUCUUAUUUAUACUCAGGUUGCUCGUCAUAAGUACUAUAUUGCUACUGAUCAAUGCGGAACUCCUGUAAUGGUAUUUAACCAGUACGGCGAAGGAAUCAGAGAAAUAAUGAGAUCACCGUAUGGUCAUAUCGUCUACGAUUCGAAUCCCUACCUAUACUUGCCUGUGGACUUCUGUGGCGGAUUAUUAGAUCAAGUUACAUCCUUGGUGCAUAUGGCUAAUGGAAAAGUUUAUGAUCCAUUGAUCGGUCAAUGGAUGUCUCCACUUUGGGAAAACCUGAUAGAAAGAAUACAUAACCCCACUCAAUUGCACUUAUAUAGAUUCAAUGGAAACGAUCCUAUCAACGUACGGCCUCACGACAAGAAGCCCACAGAUCAUCUAUCUUGGUUGAAACUGCUCGGCUACGACACAAAGAGUCUAGCGCCACAACUGUAUCCAGACGAGCUGCCCGGAGGAUCCGUGCUGCCCAGCAUUCCACACGGGCGCCCGAUCUGGGGAACCGCUCCGACUGACGGAAGCCCGGGGUUGCCAUCGGCGAUGUCUCUUCUUCCCAGUGUCAUCAUCGAAUCCGGGUUCCUAUCGCACAUGUCCAACAAGAGAAUAGCUGACUUUAGAAGCCUCUCCAUUCCAGCCAUGUCAGCGCUCAAGACCGACGCGCUGAACCUGGCGCCCAAACGUAUCGGAUCAGAUUCCGAGCCGCCGUUCGGUCGCGGCAUAUUGAUCUCACGAAACUCCCGAGGACGCGCUGUGGUCACGGCUGUCCCCUCGGCUAACGCCAUCUACCGGGACGUUUACACCUCAGUUUUCAAUAGAUCUCACCUGCUUCCGUUCUCCUUCGUGGUUCACGGGGAUCAGCAGGACGUAUUUUACUUCGUGAAGGAGGAGACGUGGCGCGCGGCCGACGACAAGCAGCAGCUGAAACGUAUGCAGGGGAAGCUGAACGUCACCUUCCACGAGGUGGCGGAGGGCGGCCGCUCGUACGCCGACGUGAAGAUACACGGGAAGACGAGCAUCGUGAACCUGCGGUACGGGACGAGCGCCGAGAGGGAGCGGCAGCGGCUGCUGCACCACGCGCGCGCGUCGGCGAUCAGGAAGGCGUGGCACCGCGAGCGCGAGACGCUGCGGGCCGGGCUCGGCGGGUCGCUGGACUGGUCGGCGGCGGAGCUGGACGAGAUCCAAAAGUCGGGGUCGGCGGCGGGCUACGAGGGCGAGUACGUGCACGACGUGGCGCGCUACCCGGAGCUGGCGGAGGACCCCUACAACGUCCGCUUCGUGAAGAAGCGCUCGGACCGCGCGGAGCGGCGCCGGCGGAAGCGCGAGGCCUGCCGCGCGCCCUGGUGGCUCGCGCGAGACGACCUCUGCUAGUGAUCGCCGCCAUCCAUAUGCCAAAUCGUGUGAAUGUAAUCGGUGUGUGUGCCUGACGACGGACGAGUGUGUACAUGUGUGAGCGGUUAAAUAAAUAUAUUUUGUAAAUAGUCUCUAUUGAUUGUUAAUUGUUGAUGUAUGUAUGUACGGUAGAUGCGAAUCCCUAUCGCUAUGUAAAUAUUUAAUUUUGUGUUGCGGGGAGAGAGUGGACCUUUUUGUGAGGACUGAUAUAAAAUAAAUGUAUUGUAUGUAUAAAAUAAGAUCUAUGUGAAUAUAAAAUUAUUUAUACUUAUUUAUCGGUAAAAAGCUUCAAUUGUGUCCAAUGUUCUUAUAAAAUUUAGAUGAAGACUAUUUGAAAGAAUAAUAAAAAAGCAUACUUUUUUAACCAAAU